CAGCUGCCUUCGCUCUUUAUCUCUCUUCUUCUUCUUCUUCUCAUGGAAUAUUCUCUCUCCUCUCAAACCCUUUGACCAUUGUCUCUUCCCCUUUAAACCCUACCAAGAAAGCUAAAAAACUAGACGGAUUUCCCAAUCCCAAAGGCCCUAAAUAGUGUCACCAGAAAGAUCUUCUUCUUCUUCUUCUUUACCGUACUCUGUUAUUAAGAUCUUUCACAAUUUCCUGGUCAAUCUCCAUCCUAGUAUCUUGAAUGGCUAUCUUGACGUCCAUGGCUGUUGCCGGAGGUUCAGAUCUCGUCUGCCCCCGGAUCAUCGCGAAGAACGCGGCUGUGAAUUUGAGGAGUAGCGUUUUGGCCGUUCCAUUUGGUCUAGUUAAAUUGAGGGUCGCGAAAUUGGGGAUCAGGGUUCAGGCGAUUGGGAAUGCGGAGAGGUUUCAGAUUUCGGAGAGUUUGGAGGGUUCUCUAGGGUUUGAUGUGAUGUCUGAGGGGGAGUUGAAGGAGAAGGGCUUCAUGGGGCUGAGGAAGACCAAGCUUGUAUGCACGAUCGGGCCGGCUUGUUGCUCUAUUGAGGACUUGGAGAGGUUGGCUGCCGGAGGGAUGAAUGUUGCCAGGCUUAAUAUGUGCCAUAACUCGCGGGAAUGGCACCGGGGUGUGAUUCGGAGGAUCAAGAAGUUGAAUGAGGAAAAAGGGUUUUGCGUGUCUGUGAUGAUUGAUACAGAAGGCAGCCAGCUACAUGUGGUUGAUCAUGGGGCUCCCUCCUCUGUCAAAGCUAAGGAUGGGUCGAUCUGGUUUUUCACAACUGAAAAUUUUGAAGGUUGUCGUCCAUUCACUGUACAAGCAAACUAUGAAGGCUUUUCAGAAGGUAUCAAAGUUGGUGAUGAGCUUGUUAUAGAUGGAGGAAUGGCAACCUUUGAAGUGAUAGAAAUAAUUGGGAAUGACUUGCGUUGCAAGUGCGUGGACCCUGGUUUACUCCUGCCUCGUGCCAAGUUGAGCUUUUGGAGAGACGGGAAGCUUGUUGGGAAAAAUCAUGAGCUCCCAACUCUAUCAUCUAAGGAUUGGUCUGACAUCGAGUUUGGAAUUUCUGAAGGUAUUGAUUUUAUUGCCAUGUCAUUCGUGAAUGAUGCUGACGCUGUCAAGCAUUUAAAGAACUACCUCUCAAAUAAAGCACCUAGAUCGAUCAGAGUUCUAGCAAAGAUAGAGAGCUUGGAGUCUCUCCACAAACUGGUAGAAAUUGUAGAGGCUUCUGAUGGAAUAAUGGUGGCUCGAGGUGACCUCGGGGUUGAAAUUCCAUUUGAGCAGAUACCAACAGUGCAACAGAAAAUUACCUAUGUUUGCAGGCAGCUCAACAAGCCAGUAAUUAUUGCUUCUCAACUUCUUGAGUCAAUGAUUGAAUAUCCUACUCCAACACGAGCUGAGGUUGCCGAUGUUUCUGAAGCAGUUCGACAGUAUGCUGAUGCCCUCAUGUUAUCCGGUGAGUCUGCAAUUGGAUCAUUCGGAAACAAGGCACUUUCUGUCUUGCAGACAACCAGCAGUCGGAUGGAACUGUGGAGUCGAGAAGAGAACCAACAAAGUGGUCUCCAUUGGCAUGAACUUGGACUAUCUUUGCCUGACAAGAUAGCCGAGCAGGUUUGCAGUUGUGCUGUAGAAAUGGCUAACAAGCUUGGUGUGGAUGCUAUCUUUGUAUACACCAAGAAUGGGCAUAUGGCAUCUCUACUCUCGCGCAACCGUCCAAACCCUCCCAUAUUUGCGUUCACCGACAAUGACAGCACCCGAAUGGCUCUGACUUUGCAGUGGGGAAUUGUCCCCCUCCUAGUUGAUUUAUCGGAUGAUGUUGAAGCCAACAUAUCAAAGACCAUUGGUCUUUUGAAAACAAAGGGGAUGGUGAAAGAAGGAGAUGCUCUUUUGGUGGUUUCAGAUGACAUUCCGAGCUCUGCAAAUCCAACUGUUUUCCAAUCAAUCCAAGUGAAAACCAUUGUGUAGAAGGCACUUCUCUUUAAUGGAACAAGGUAAAUUAUCCAUGUAACCUUUUGAGCCUGUUGCCCUGAUCUGAGUCUACAUUUUCUUGUAUCCUUUCAGUGUAUGGAAACAUACUUCUUCUUCUUCUUC